GAUUUCCAAGCAAUCGAAUAAACCGCACGGUUAAACUUAGGAAAACUGUACGACACAAAACUAAACUCAAUACUUAAAUUCAAUAUCAAGUUUGACGUAAGCUGCCAUCAAGGGAACCCGCAAAGGAAGAGUAAAUCUAUAACAAACACACAAACCAUCAAACAAAUACAGAAUGUUGCGUAAUACGCCUUUUGCCGGCACGCCCACCUACAAACUGCUACUGGGCUUCGGUCUCUGUUCACUGGGCAGCGCCAUGCUCUAUGCCUACUUCAAGACGCGCAAUGAUGACAAGGAGGAGGAGGAGGAGGCGGCGGGCAACAAGCGUAGGACAAAUGAAGAAAGGCAACAACAGCGACAGAAGCAACAGCAGAAGGAAAUCUGCCUGAAGAUUGUUGUGGACAAUGACCAUGUGCCGUUGAUAAUUGGACGCGGCGGCGCCAACAUUAAACUAAUUGAAGAAAAGACUGGGGCAAAGAUAAGAUUACGCGACAAGGACAACUCGCACAAAUUCUGCGACAUUAACGGCUUGCCAGAUGCGGUCAAGGCGGCGCGUGUGAUGCUUAUCAAGGAGAUUGAGCGUGCGCCCAUAGUCAAAAUGGAGCUGCAAGUGCCGCAGCGUCUAGCCAACAAGAUCAAUGGGCGUGGCGGCGAGAUAAUACAGGACAUAAGUCGUGCUUCGUUGGCCAAGCUCAGCGUGGAUCCAAAUGGACGCAAUGGCAAGGCCAAGAUCAGCAUCGUUGGCAACCAGAAGCAGGUGAACAUUGCCCGCAAGCUGCUGGACGAUCAGAUCGAGGAGGACGAACAGUUGCGUAUCGCUGUCGACGAGGUGGAGCAGCAUCGCGAGCCGCGACGUUCCCCCAGUUACAGUCUUACCUCUAGCAUGUACUCAUCACAGACAUCGCUCAGCUCCCAGCCGCCGCGAGACAAACUGAUGGCCGCCCGCGGCGAUGACAAGCCCAUGGAGGUGUACGUCUCGGCCGUUGCCUCGCCCACAAAGUUCUGGGUGCAGUUGGUGGGACCGCAGUCCAAGAAGCUGGACGACAUGGUCAAGGAAAUGACCAGCUACUACAGCAGUGCCGAGAAUCGUGCUAAGCAUCAGCUUACGACACCAUAUGUGGGUCAGAUUGUGGCCGCCGUAUUUAAGUUCGAUGAAAAAUGGUAUCGCGCCGAGAUUGUGGACAUCAUGCCUAAUCAGUACAAUCCGAAUGAGAUGGUCAUCGAUUUGUACUUUGUGGACUAUGGUGACAGUGAAUAUAUCUCUCCAGCGGAUAUUUGCGAGCUGCGCACCGAUUUCCUAACACUAAGAUUUCAAGCAGUUGAAUGUUUCUUGGCAAACGUUAAGUCAACUAUUACAGAUGAGCCGAAUACCUGGCAAAAGGCAUCAAUAUCCAAAUUCGAGGAAUUUACUGAGGUUGCCCAUUGGCGCAAGCUCAUCGCUCGUGUUGUAACGUACAAGGAGCGCCCGAAGGUCACAAGUGCUGUCAACGCCGCCACAAGAGAUGGCACACCUCUGCCCGGCGUGGAGCUAUUCGAUCCCACUGAAGGCGGAGAGGUGAACAUUGGCGAUCUGCUGAUAACACAGGGCUUUGCUCUGCCACUGGAUGACGCGUAUCCAGUGCGUUCGCGCUCCAGUUCGCCGUCUACUCAAAGCGAUUCAACCAUUGAGGAGCUGGGUGCCGCAAAUACGCCACGUACGCCGCUUACCCCCCACUCCCCUAUGUCCAUGUCAAUUACGAAUGACGUUGAAAGCGUGGAGGAUGCACACUUUGCCGACCAGUUGCACCAUUUGGGGCACAAGCUCAAUGGCAAUGAAUUAACAACCCAUAUCAAUCCAGUCAAACUAACUGCAGAUGACUUGCAAAAUAGAAAUGUGCAGACCAACAAUAGCUCACACGGUGAUGUGAACCGCUAGAAUGCAUUCUGGCCUCCUAACUCUCAAAGUUAGUCUAAGCUAAGGUCUCGCCUUAUAUAUAUAUA